AUGGCUCCUAAGCAAGCUACACUUGGAAAGUUCUUUGGAAAACCCAACGGCGAUGCAAAGCAGCAAUCGAAACUAGCCUUUUCUACGAAACCGAAGUCAAGCAAGAAGGAUUCAACACCGCAGGAAGAGCCACAAUCCUCGCCAAAGGACCUGAAGAAGGAACAAGAUGAGGAAGCCGACUCAGAUGCAGAGGUCAGAGCGCCGGUGAAGGAGCAAGUAGAAUCAGAUGGCGAGGCAAUGGAAGUCGACAGCGUAAGCUCUGAGACUGGCAAGAAGAGGCAAAUCAAAGAAGAAGCAGAGGAGGAGUCUGAGGAGGAACCUCCAAGCAAACGUCAACGAAGAAAACCUUCGCCGAAGAAGACGGUCGCACAACCAAAAGCUGAAAAGGCAUCGCCCAAGUCAAAGAAAUCUGCUGCUAAAUCCAAGGCUGCAGAGCCAGAAGAUGAGGAAGAGGAAGCAUCCACAAAGACCAAGAGCAAGAAGGGCAAGAAGGAGGCUGAAAAGUCUUCUGCACUAGCAAAGGAGGAAACCGAAUCGAGCAAGGAGCAAGAAGAGGAUGAGGCAGUUAGCUCUGAAGAGGAGCCUGAAGAGGUCAAGGUCAAGGCACGGAAGCAAGUACAGGCAACCCUUGCGUCCAACACCAAGGACCCAUAUCCCGAUUGGAAACCAGGCGAGCCAGUCCCAUAUGCGGCGUUGUGCACAACUUUUUCGAAGAUUGAGAUGACGACGAAGCGCCUGGAGAUUCUUGCACACUGCUCCUUGUUCUUGAGACAGGUUUUGCGGUUGACUCCAUCUGAUAUGCUGCCGACUGUCAUGCUCAUGGUCAAUAAGCUUGCAGCCGACUAUGCAGGUAUUGAGCUCGGUAUUGGCGAGUCACUAAUUAUGAAGGCGAUUUCUGAGAGUACCGGUCGAAGUUUACAACAUAUCAAGAGCGACCAAAACGAGAUUGGAGAUCUGGGCCUUGUUGCAGCCAAGAGUCGAUCAAAACAACCCACCAUGUUCAAACCCAAAGCAUUGACAGUCGAAGGUGUGCGCAAGGGACUGAUGGCCAUCGCUACUAUCGAAGGACAAGGUGCUCAGGGGCGCAAGGUUGAUGGAAUCAAGAAACUGCUAUCAGCGGCAGAUGCGCACAACUCUGGCAAGAACGUUGAUAUUGAGAAGGACAAAGGUGGACCCAGUGAAGCCAAGUUCAUCGUCCGAACCCUCGAGGGUAAGCUUCGAUUAGGCCUUGCUGAGAGGACCGUUGUCGUAGCCGUCGCACAGGCAAUGAUAUUCCAUGAGAUGUCACUUCAAGGCAAAACACCGUCGACGGAGGACUUGGGCAAAGCCGAAGCUAUGCUAAAGACAGUGUACAGCGAGCUGCCAAGUUACGAAGUCAUCAUCCCAGCAAUGAUUGAGCACGGCAUCAUGAACCUGCGCGAGAACUGUCGCCUACAGCCCGGUGUACCUCUGAAGCCUAUGCUUGCCAAGCCAACAAAGUCCAUCACGGAGGUGCUAGAUCGCUUUGAGGGCAAGGACUUUACCUGUGAAUAUAAGUAUGACGGAGAGCGUGCACAGAUUCACUUUGUCGCUCACGAUGCAAAGAUUGAGCUGGCUACUGAAGCACCCAGUGCUGGCAAGAGCGAGCGCGGCGUGUCCAACAUUUUCUCGCGCAACUCUGAGGAUUUGUCCAAGAAAUAUCCUGACAUUCUCGCCAAGCUGCCGACUUGGGUUAAAGAAGGUACAAAGAGCUUCGUUCUCGACUGCGAGACGGUUGCCUGGGAUAUGGUAGAGAAGAAGGUGCUUCCUUUUCAACAGCUCAUGACGAGGAAGAGGAAGGAUGUCAAGGUCGAAGACGUCAAGGUCAAGGUUUGCGUUUUUGCCUUUGAUAUCCUCUAUCUCAAUGGCGAGGCGUUGGUAACAAAGUCAUUCCGUGAGCGUCGCGAGCAUCUCAAAGAAGCCUUCGUGCUUGUCGAAGGCGAGUUUGCAUUUGCCAAGUAUGGCAACACCAACGAACUAGAGGAGAUCCAAACACUCCUUGAAGACUCAGUAAAGGAAGGCUGCGAAGGUCUCAUGGUCAAGAUGUUGGACGGCCCAGAGUCUUACUACGAGCCAUCCAAGCGCUCGCAGAAUUGGCUCAAGGUCAAGAAGGACUACCUUGCCGGCGUGGGUGAUUCACUGGAUCUUGUAGUGCUGGGAGCCUACUACGGCAAGGGCAAGCGUACCAGUUGGUAUGGUGCCUUUUUGCUUGCCUGCUACAAUCCUUCGACGGAAAAGUACGAAACAGUCUGCAACAUUGGUACUGGUUUCUCUGAAGCCAUCCUGGAAACUCUGCACAAGACGCUUUCUGAGAUUGUCAUCGAUCGCCCGAAGCCAUUCUACACACAUUCGACUGGUAACAAAGACCAGCCUGACGUGUGGUUCGAGCCGCGAUAUGUGUGGGAGGUCAAGACUGCAGACCUCACCUUGUCGCCGCGGUACAAGGCAGCUGCGGCUGAAGUUGGCGGCGGUGGCAAGGGUGUCAGCUUACGCUUUCCGCGUUUCAUCAAGGAGAGGGAGGACAAGAAGCCGGAUCAGGCGAGUUCAAGUCGUAUGAUUGCGGAAAUGUACCAAAGGCAGGAAAGCGUGGCCAAGAACAAGGGGCCUAGUGUUGAUGAUGACUUCGAGUAUUGA